AUUCUCAAAUUUAAGACAGAGCUCAGCAGGGUACGUAUUACUCCAUCCUUUGAUAAUGGAUCCGUGGGAGCACUAAGCAGAUCCAAAUCCACUAACAGAGUAGCAGAAUCAUCACAUCAGAAAUCAUAAUAGAUUGAAGGGGAAGAAGCUAACUAGGAAGCUGCUGCCAUGAGUCGGCUGGCGCCAUUAGCAGAAGUUCCUGGUGCGGGCGAGGAAUUGCGCAACAACUGCUCGAAGAAAUGCCGCACUUGGAGACAGUGGCUGAAAACCCACUUGUCGUCUCUGCACUUGUUCUUCCCCGGCAGGAAAUCCGACCACAGGAUGCUCCUCAGUGUUCUCGGAUGCCCUCUCUCCCCUCUUCCCUUCCAUCCCAAACCCCCUCUUUCUCACGUCUCAUCAUCAUCAGAAUACAUUAUACAACACUUCAUGGCUGCUACUGGCUGCCGGAAGCUUGAAGGGAUGGUAAAAAACAUGUAUACUACCGGAAAAGUUUUCAUGGCAGUGGUGGAUGAGCUUGGCUCACCAGGCACCACCACCAAUGUUUCACAAAAGGGUUGCUUUGUUAUGUGGCAAAUGCUUCCUAGCAAGUGGCUCAUUGAGCUUGCUUUGGGUGGUCACAAAAUUGUAGCAGGCAGUGAUGGCAAUGUCGCAUGGCGUCACACUCCUUGGCUCGGAGCUCACGCUGCUAAAGGCGGUGUCCGCCCUCUUCGCCGCGCUCUCCAGGAAAGCUACUCACACAACUGCUAUACUCUUUCCUUUCUUUCCACAAAUAAACCUUAAGAAUCUUAAUAUAUAUAAAUAAAAUAGAGACCGUUUGGUGACUUUGGUCACUUUUGUGGAGAAAUGAUUUGGAAAACAGGUCAUGUUAAGCUUAUUUUAUAGUGGUUGUUGUUAGGCAUAAACCUUAUGACUUGCUAUCUAUUAAAGACUUCAAUUUUUUGGCUUGAGUUUGGCCUGUUUGAGCUGUUUAAUCUGAAGUUGUUUACCAAGCCUAUUACCAAAAACACUUCUGUCCUAUUCGACAUUGCCAAUAUCGAAUUAGAUGUGGAAUAAGAAAAGUUAAAACUGUAUGAUUGAGGUAUGUGUAGAAGAGACUAACCAUUUUCAGCCACUAAUUCAACAUUUCACAACAUUCAUCCAUUUUAACUUUUAAGACGACACAAACGGGCUUCCAGUUUGGCCACAUUGACUGAAAUAGCUUAAUUUUACUUGGCAGGGGCUUGAUCCUAUGGCUAUUUCAGCUGUGUUCUCAAAGGCAGAGUACAUGGGAGAAAAACAUAUAUUGGGAGUUGACUGCUUUGUCUUGAAAUUAUCCUCCAGCCGCACGGACCUCGUUGAGCGUAGCGAUAACACGGCGGAGAUGAUAAAACACGUAAUGCUCGGUUACUUCAGCCAAAGAAGCGGUCUGCUCAUUUACUUGGAGGAUUCAUACCUCACCCGAAUCCAGUCCCCGGGUUCUUUGGCGACAUACUGGGAAACCGCAAUGUGCACAAGGAUAGAGGAUUAUCGGCCUGCCGAGGGAGUGAUGGUUGCUCAUUCUGGCUACUCAAGUGUCAUUAUUACAACAUUCGGAGACCAUUUGAAGCCCGGUCCUGUCACGGUUCGUAUGCAAGAAACAUACACCAUUGAUGAUUUGGCGUUUAACGUCCCCGGCCUUUCUGUAGACUCCUUCAUCCCUCCUGAAGAACUCCAGAGAGGCUGUCUCGAUGAAAAUGUUCAUUGGAGAUGCCCAUUGCGUCAAUAACAAGUUAUUCUUAGAGGCACUAACUUGAAGUUGUCGACUAUAAAAGAUGACAAUUUUCUUAUAUUUUUCUAAAAGUGUAUAUAUAGGCUAUGAUCUUUGGUGGUCCUAUAAUGUGUUGGGCCUGAGACAGAAAUUUUUGGAAUAAGCCUUUAACCUUUCUUUUGUAGUGUAAACACAUUUUCAAAUGUAAUCCUUUUUUUGUUAUAAAUAGUUCAUCUCAUUAUUCAAUCAAAUUGUUCAACAUCAGACUACCG